AGCCAUUUUGGCUCAAGCGGUUCAUACAUCAUGGUGGUCAGGCAGAGCGCCAGGGCUCUUCCCAAGGAUUUGCUGGAGGCGCUGCCAGCCGAGGCGCUGACUGGCCUGGCGUGUCAGUAUGCCUCCGUCGCAGACAUCGGAGGGAUGCGCAGCCUGCUGGAGGUAAGGGCCGCGAUGGGCGGGGGAUCCCCAUACUCGAAGAAGAAAAAGCUGCAUAUUUGUUGUUCAUGCCGUGUUCCCUUCCUCCACACACGACCUGCGGACGCCCCUCCACAUCGCAGCUGCGGCUGGAGACCUGGACCUGGUGCGCUUCUUGGUGGAGGAGGCAGGCGUCGCUCUGCAGAGAGACCGCUUCGGCCUGCUUCCCAUCCACGAUGCCGUGGAGAACGGCCACGUGGAGGUCCGCAGGUACCUGCAGGGCCACCGCCUCAGGCAGGAGGCCGCCUCUGCGGGCAGGCCGCAGAAGGAGUCCGCGGGUGAGGUCGCGGGCGCGAAGGCCGAGCAGAGCCCUGGACUGGAGGAGAUGAUGAGCACUGUGUUUGAGCUGGUCGCGCAGGAGGGGGUGUUCAGCUAUGGCACGGUACAUGCUGAGGUUCAUUAUUUCUUCAACGGCUUGGGCCUCCACCCAGCUUACUUCGAGCACUUCACGCCGCUGCAAGUUUCCAAGCACGUGCACAGCCUGAUCGCGACCAAGCGGAUAGCACGUGCCACCGACCAUGUCGCGAUGCUACGUUUCGCCCUCGAUGCUGGUCGCAGCGGGUUCUUCUUAGCAGCCGUGGAGUUUCCGCAGCCGACGGAGGCACAGAUGCGCACCGAGGAGAAGGUGGCCGAAUAUCUCGCGCAGAGCGAACCUGGCCAAGAGAACGUGCGCCUCACCUUCGUGUUGUCCGACGGCCCAGUCUUUCCAGGUGGCAAGGAGAGGCUCGGCAUCUAUAAUGCGGAGCGGGAUUUCUUCGAGAGGGUGAGGCCGUCUGAGUUCGAGACGUCGAUAGAGGUUCUGGGCUCCACGCGCUUCCUGAAGACGACAAGCCGGGUCGAGAAAGAGCAGUACCAGGUGCUCAUGGAAGACAUUGUCGCGUCCCGGCGGAGCGUCGUCCGCAUUGUCAGCGGCAGUAUAUACCCCGGGCCUGUCCAGGAGGGGUUCGUGGUGCUGUUUGGGACCCCAGAGGUCUCUCGGAGCUUCUUCUUCCCAGAGAUAUGCGGCACACUGAGGUUUGCAGAUUCCGUGCCACGACGCUUCUAUGUUGAGACUUUUGCGAAUGGAGUCGUAACGUAUAGCAUGUUUUUCACCAAUGCGACAGAGGAGGGGGUCAGGCGGCUUGGGCGCAUCAUUCUUCACUCGGCCCUCCUGAAGAACUUCCCGGGGAAGUCGGAGCUGAUCUUCAAGAGUGUCAUGCAAGCGCGCAUCUCCCACGAAGUGGGUCUUUAUCUGCUAGCCGCCGUGAAGUUCGUGUACGCUUGUUUCCCGAAGGAACGGUACGCGAGGCAAUACACUGACCUACAGAAGGUGCUCGACCAGGACCCUUCGAGCCGACGGAAGCUGGAGGACAUGUACAGGUUAUGCAUGAAGGAAUUAUUGGCCACGCCGCGCAUCUACGAGUUGCUGGAGCGAAACUUAGACUUGUGCCGGAGGCUCUUCGAGGAUUUCCGUCUCAUCGCGCUGGGGAAGAGGAAGCCGUGGUACAACGAGGAGAUCGGGGCCGAGGUCGACGCUGCUUGCCCAGAGCCUCAGGAUCGUCAGAUCUUGCGGAUGGUCCUGACGUUCAAUGAGAGCCUCCGUCUCACGAACUUCUUUCAGACGGAGCUGUCUGGCGCAAUGGCUUUCCGGCUCGACCCCGCCGUGGUGCUCAGGGACCGCCCGACAUUGUUGUACCCAGAGAUGCCAUUUGGCAUUUAUCGGGGGUCGGCUGACAUGGUGGUCGGCCGUGAUUUCUUUGGCUUCCACAUCCGCUUCCGGGACGUGGCGCGGGGGGGCAUCCGCCUCAUCUUCUCCCCCGACUACUCCAGCUACGAGCGGAACUACGCCACCCUGUUCGACACUUGCUACCAGCUGGCCCUCACGCAGCAGCUGAAGAACAAGGACAUCCCGGAGGGCGGCGCCAAGGGCGUGAUACUGCCGGACUCCUCGUGGGGCGCCGAGAGGCGGGGCAACGCGCUGGCGGGCGCCUCCUCUCAGAGCCGAGCUUCGGCUCGCUCGUGCUUCACGCGCUACCUGGGGUCGCUCCUGGACUGCAUGAUGCCCGAGCAGAGCGGCAUCUUUGGCGGGCACCUCCCCGGCGGCCCGGAGCUGCUCUUCUGGGGACGAGCACACCGAGUCGCUGAUGGACCUGGGGGCGGGGCUGGCCGAGCGGCGGAGGCACCGGCACUGGAAGGCGCUGGUCACGGGCAAGAGCCGUGCGCUUCGGCGGCGUCCCGCACGGGGAGUUCGGCGGCGUGUGCACGGCCAGCCUGCGCACGUACGUGCAGGAGAUGCUGGCCGAGCUGGGCCUUGACGAGGCGCGCAUCACCAAGGUGCAGAUCGGCGGGCCGAGCAGCCAGCUGGGGUCCAACCAGAUCCUCCGGUCCAAGGACAGGACGAUCGCCGUGGUGGACUUCUCCGGCGUGCUGUACGACCCCGCGGGGCUGAACCGCGCGGAGCUCGGCGCGCUGGCGCACAGGCGGGUGCCGGUGAGGGAGUUCACCAGGUCGUUUCUAGGAGAGGGCGGGUUUCUCAUCACCAGCACCGACACGGACGUGGAGCUUCCCGACGGCUCGCGGUGGCGGAGCGGGGCCCAGCUGAUAGGGGAGUUCCACCUCACGGACUUCGCCGCCGCGGACCUCUUCUUGCCCUGCGAGGGCCGGCCCAACUCGCUGUCCUCGGAGAACGUCGGCCGGUUUUUCAAGGACGGCAAGCCCAAGUUCAAGAUGGUGGUUGAGGGAUCGGACAUGUACUUGUCCGAGAGCGCCUGCGCCACUCUCGAGCGUGCUGGCGUGCAUGUUUUCAAGGACGCCUCCACCAUGAAGGGCGGCGUGACUUGCUCCUCCAUGGAGGUGCUCGCAGCGCUGGCGCUUCCGGCGGAGGACCACUCCGAGCUCAUGUGUUACGAUCCUAAGGCGUGCAAGGAGCCGCCCGAGUUCUACAUCAAGUACGCAGAGCAAAUACAGGAAGCCAUCUUCCAGAAUGCCCGCUUGGAGUUUCACGCCAUCUGGAGCUGCAAUCAGAAAGAUGGGAUGCCCAAGGUGGAGGCGACCCGGAGGCUGUCGACGCACAUCAACCAGGUGAAAGACAAUUUCGAGAGGCACUUCGACGUCAUGUCCGAGGCCGAGAGGGGCCUGCUGGUGCGGAACGUGCUGACCAUGGGCGCGGUGCCCAGGGUGCUGCUGGACAGGCUCGGGGUCGAGCGCGUCGUCCAGCGGGUGCCGCCCAACUACCUGUUGUCCAUGGUGGGCGCUUGGAUCGCGUCCAGGUACGUUUACUGCCACGGCUUCAGCGCCUCCGAGGUCGCCCUACCUCUCCCACGGAGCUCCUGCGGCCCGACGCGCCGGCCUCCUCCGCGGCCGCCCGGGAGCUGCUGCGCCUCUCCCGGCCCCGGGCCCGCCCCGGCGCCCCGC